GGAUUUUGGGACUAUACAAAACCAGGUGAACCAUCAUUCUUGAACUGCUAGAAGCCGCCAUCCUUCUUCCCAGACGCGCCUUGGGACCGACGUUUGGACCGACGUUGGGUGGACCCGGACCAAACCCUUUCCAUUUGGUUCAUGUCGAUCGCGGCAAACACCGAAGUUCGUUCAAGAAAAGACCAGCCUGGCGCAGCACCUCCGCCUCCGGACCCAGCCUGUCAAGCGCACCCCAAAUUGCAUGCCAAAGAGCAUUCUCCAUGGGGCCAUGUUGCUCGUCCUCGGUGGAUGUGGAGGAUGCCGCCUGGCCGUGCUUGCUUCCGAGUGAGAUCGAAGCCACUUUGCCCGAUGGAGGCAUGCACAAGAUCUGGUUGGCUUCGGCGUCUUAUUGCUACUGUCUACUGAUCUCAGGUGCAGCCACCUUUGUGGAUGUGCGAGGAAGAGAGGCCUUCCACCAAGGCCAUUUGUUUGGCUCCUGGUCCUUGCAUUCCCUUCUCCACCGCGACGGGAACGCCGCCACGUCCACGUCCACGUCCACCGCGACCGGCUUGAAGUCUUUGUGCGACCUCCGGCGCGUGGUCAUCGUCGCUGAGGGCGAGCCGUUGAAGGAUGCCUCUGCCCUGAAGCUUCUGGGGCUGCUACGGCAGUUCGCUCGUCCUUCACAGUUGCUUCUACUGGAUGACCUCAGUCGCUUUCAGCAGCGCUUCCCCUUCUGCUUGCGCCAGGGCAGUGAUUCUUCACCGCUGCCGCCCUGCCCAACCGAACUCCUCGAGCCGGGCUGCGCCGCGCGGAGCGGGAGCGGCGCUGUCCGGGUGCCGGCCUUGUACGUGGGGCCGACGGCAUGUUUGGAGCCGAACUUGAAUGACGUUCUGAGAUCCUUCGAGAUUGGUGCCAUUUUCCAACUCGUAGAGGAGGAUGAAGCCUGUGAGGCGCGCCAUCUUCGGGCGCCCAAAGGGAUGAAGCUUCAUACCUUCGCCAUGGCCAACAGCGGCGACGAAGCCGAGGACGAGGACGCCAUGACGCCACAGGUGGCCAAAGUUGCUACGGCGUCCUUGGAGGCGGCGGAGCGGAUCGUGGCGCAGAAGGUGCCAUGCUUCGUGUGCGGCCCUUGGAGUGCGCUCGUGGCGGCGUUCGUGGUGAAGAAGAUGCUCAGUUCUUCCAGCGAGAUCAGGAGCAACGAGGAGCUGUGCAUCUUCUUGAAGGACCGUUCUCCAUCUCUCCGCCUCACUCGCUUCGCGCAGAGCGCGCUCAACUGGGCGCUGCCGGAGGAGCAUCCCGGGUCCAGUGGACUGGGACCCGCGCCGGUGUCCGCGCCGGCGGGCGCACGUGCACGGCAGCUGCGAGGGAAGUUGCGAAGGAGACUGAAGGAGGAGGAGGCGGAAGUGGUUUUGCGCACAGUCAAGGUGGUGCUGGAGAAGGUCUUGACUGCGCCUUCUGAGGAGCGCUUCCGACGCCUGAAAUCGAGCAACCCGCGCGUGUGCCGCGAGCUGUUGGGCUCUCCUGAGGCCCUGCAGCUGCUGAAGCUGGCCGGCUUUGGAUCGGACGAGGUGUCGGGUGAUUUGGUCUUGGCAAGCGCAGUGCCUUUGGGACCUCUACAAGAGGUGUUGCAAGCCUUGCGCGCGGGCGACUGAACCACGGUCGCCGCGACGGAACCGCGACGGUUCCCCCGGA